GCAACUGCUCGCUCAAGCUGAAGCGCGACCAGUCCUCCCAGGAAGAAGCCAUAUACCAUGGCCUGCUCCUUCUUCUUCGACGCCGAGCCGGUCGGCGAGCACGGCAUGCCCGCACUGGACGCGUGCGCGCUGUGCGCCAAGCCGCUCGCGCGCGACUGUGACGUCUUCAUGUACAGAGGGGACACCCCUUUCUGCAGCGAGGACUGCCGCCACGAGCAGAUGCGGCUCGACGCCGUCUGCGAGAGGCAUUCUCCCCGGAGGCUUCAGCUGUACUCGUCCGGGACGACAGAGUCCCAUCGCGGCCAGCGAGCGCCCAGGAAGGUGUCGAUCGCGAGCUAG